AUGGAGGAUGAUAAAAUAAAAUCAAACAGUAUCUCUAACUUUUCAGUUACAUACGAAAGAGAGUCAGGAUCGAACAGUAACAGCGAAGAAAGAGAUAUAAGCAGUGAUGAAAAUGAAUCAAAUUUAUUUAUGAACUUAACUGGUGACAAAAAUGAAAAAAUAGAAGAUAAUAGUAGUUUUGUUAAUAUAAAGGAUAGUUUAUUAGAAUCCAUAGAUUUAAGUGUUCUUGACUCUAAUUUUGAUUCUAAAAAUGAAUUUUUACCUAAUAAUUUUUCUAAAAAUUUAAAUAAUUUAACUAAAGAUAAUAUUGGUAAUAAAUAUUUAAAUAAAUAUUUGAAUAAAAAUGAUCCAGCAUUUAUGGCAAUGAGUAAAGAUAACAAUUCAAUAGAUUUGAAUGCUUUAAAUGUUUCUAACAAUAACAUAAAUGGAAAUAAUAUUGUUUCAAAUGAUGGUGGUAACAAAAAUAUGCAUUUAAAAAUUGGAAAUAAUAAUAUUAAUGGUAGUACUGGUGCACCAACUAAUAAAAAAGAAUUGUUUAUGGAUUCAGGAGCAAGCUCAAUAAAUAUGAAUGAUGAUAAUAGCACAAUGCAUAAUGCUAGAAAAUAUAAAAGUACAAAUAAUAUUAAUGAUACAUAUGAAAAAAAAAUAAUUGAAACUGAAUUGAGUGAUUCUAGUGAUUUUGAAAAUAUGGUUGGAGAUCUUAGAAUUACAUUUAUUAAUUGGUUAAAAAAAACACAAAUGAAUUUUAUAAGAGAAAAAGAAAAACUAUUUAAAGAUAAAAAAGAAUUAGAAAUGGAAAGAAUACGAUUAUAUAAAGAAAUAGAAAAUAGAAAAAAUAUCGAAGAACAAAAAUUACAAGAUGAAAGAAAAAAAUUAGAUAUUGAUAUAUCUAAUGGUUAUAAACAAAUUAAAAAAGAAAAAGAAGAACAUCGAAAACGAUUUGAUGAUGAAAGAUUAAGAUUUUUACAAGAAAUCGAUAAAAUUAAAUUAGUACUUUAUUUAGAAAAAGAAAAAUAUUUUCAAGAAUAUAAAAAUUUUGAAAAUGAUAAAAAAAAAAUUGUAGAUGCUAAUAUAGCAACAGAAACUAUGAUUGAUAUAAAUGUAGGAGGCGCACUUUUUGAAACAUCUAGACAUACAUUAACUCAACAAAAAGAUUCAUUUAUUGAACAACUAUUAAGUGGAAGAUAUCAUAUAACAAGAGAUAAACAAGGUAGAAUAUUUUUGGAUCGUGAUAGUGAAUUAUUUAGAAUUAUAUUAAACUUUUUAAGAAAUCCACUAACCAUACCUAUACCUAAAGAUUUAGGAGAAAGUGAAGCAUUAUUAAAAGAAGCAGAAUUUUACGGUAUUAAAUUUUUACCAUUCCCCUUAGUUUUUUCUAUUGGAGGUUUUGAUGGAGUUGAAUAUUUAAAUUCUAUGGAACUUUUAGAUAUAAGCCAACAAUGCUGGCGUAUGUGUACACCCAUGUCAACUAAAAAAGCAUAUUUUGGUAGUGCAGUAUUAAAUAACUUUUUAUAUGUAUUCGGUGGUAAUAAUUAUGAUUAUAAAGCUUUAUUUGAAACAGAAGUAUAUGACAGAUUAAGAGAUACAUGGUUUUUAUCUAGCAAUUUAAAUAUUCCAAGAAGAAAUAAUUGUGGUAUUACAUCAAAUGGACGAAUAUACUGUAUUGGUGGUUAUGACGGAUCAUCUAUUAUACCUAAUGUUGAGGCAUAUGAUCAUAGAAUGAAAGCUUGGAUAGAAGUUGCACCAUUAAAUACUCCGAGAUCUUCAGCUAUGUGUGUAGCUUUUGAUAAUAAAAUUUAUGUUAUAGGUGGUGCUAAUGGUGAAAGAUUAAACUCUAUUGAAGUAUAUGAUGAAAAAAUGAAUAAAUGGGAAAAAUUCCCAUAUGCAUUAUUAGAAGCUAGAAGUUCAGGGGCAGCUUUUAAUUAUCUAAAUCAAAUUUAUGUUGUUGGUGGUAUUGAUAAUGAACAUAAUAUUUUAGAAUCAGUUGAACAAUAUCAGCCAUUUAAUAAAAGAUGGCAAUUCUUAAAUGGCAUUCCCGAAAAAAAAAUGAAUUUUGGUGCAACUACUUUAUCCGAUUCUUAUAUAAUUACAGGAGGUGAAAAUGGUGAUGUUCUCAAUUCAUGUCACUUCUUUUCUCCAGAUACAAAUGAAUGGCAAAUUGGCCCAUCUUUGCUUGUUCCAAGAUUUGGGCAUUCCGUUUUGGUUGCAAACAUUUAA